CUCCCAUACGUAGCAGAAGGGCGCUCCACUUGCCCUUCUUCCCUCUUCUUUCCCCUCCUCCAGCGGAGCCUCCCUCCUCCUCCACCCCGCAGCGGCCCUUCUUCCCGUCCUACCCCUCCCCCCCUCCCCCGCAGCCCACCUUCGCCGCGAACAUCUCCUCCCUCACCUUCUCCGGCUCACGCUCCGCACCUCCCGCUCGCCACACCACCGUCGUCGUCGCCGCCGCCGCCGCCGUCCUCAUCCCCCUCCUAGUCCUCGCCCUUCUCGCCGCCGCCGCCGCGUUCUUCCUCCACCGCCACCGCCACCGCCUCCGCUGUUUUCCCUGCUUCGACAAGGACCAAGUCCCCGCCCCCGCUGCCGCCGACUUGCCACACCACGACGCUCUCGUCGACACCCGCCUAUGCGGCUUGGGCGAAGAUGGCGUCCGCCCCGCCGCCGGUCCGACGGGCGGGUCGCCCGAUCGGAAGCUGCAGUCGCCGGAGCUCCGACCCCUCCCGCUCCUGCCGCGCCAGUUCCCGUACGGGGGUGGCGAAGGGGAGAUGGGGGCCUCAUCGUCAGAGGAGUUUUAUUCGCCGAGGGGAUCCUUGGCCGAGAAGGGGAGCGCCGGGUGCAUGUCGACCUCCCGGCGAACGUUCACCGCGGCUGUGGAGAAAUGUGGAUCCCAGAGCUCGACGAAGAGCACGAACGUGGCGUCAUCUCCUCUAUCGCCACCGGUCGCUUCUUCUCCGCACGUCGGAUCGAGCCCCAGCCAUUCCAGCAGCAGAUCUUUGAUGUCCACAUCUCAAAGGAGUUUGGCCGGAGGUCUUGAAUAUACGGUUUUGCCACAGCCUCCUCCUCCUCCCCGUCCCCCUCGACCUCCAACACCGUCACCUCCAAAGCAGAAACCCUCUAUGCCGUCACCGCCUUCUUCCCCAGAAGAGAGAGAAUAUGAAAGAAAGAUGGAUCACUUGGAUCUCGCAGGAUCAAAUCUGAGGUCAACAAUGAGACUUGCAGACUCGCCUUCACCGCCAGGAGCGCAACCACAGCGUCAAGCUCCACCUCCGCCGCCGCUUCCUCCUCCACCGCCAACUAGACAUUGGGAGAGUCAGGUUCGUGAGUCGCUGGCAAGAAAACCACCAAUUGCUCCGCCCGAGCCAACUGGAACGAAGGCUCCCCCCGCACUGGUUAACCCCACAUAUGAGGUGGAGAAGAAGAAGGAAGGCCCCCGACCAAAGCUGAAACCUUUGCACUGGGAUAAGGUUCAGGCGAGCUCGAAACGAGCAAUGGUGUGGGAUCAGUUGAAAUCCAGCUCCUUCCGGGUUGAUGAGGAAAUGAUCGAGACUCUGUUUGUUUGCAAUGCUACCAAUGGCACACCUAAGGAGACCAACAAGCAGCAGGUCCGUCCUGUGCCAACUCAAGAGAACAGGGUGCUCGAUCAGAAGAAGUCUCAGAACAUUGCUAUUCUGCUGAGGGCACUAAAUGUGACCAAGGAGGAAGUCUGUGAAGCUCUAUCUGAAGGUAAUGCUGAUAGCUUAGGAACUGAACUGUUGGAGACCUUAUUAAAGAUGGCUCCUAGCAAAGAAGAAGAGCACAAACUGAAAGCACAUGAGGAAGACUCCCCAUUCAAGCUUGGCCCAGCAGAGAAGUUUCUUAAAGCAUUGCUAGAUAUACCAUUUGCAUUUAAAAGAGUGGAUGCCAUGCUUUACAUUGCUGCUUUCGAUUCAGAGGUCAAUUUUCUCAGGAAAUCCUUUGAAACUCUCGAGGCUGCCUGUGAGGAGCUGAGGAACAGCAGGUUGUUUCUCAGGCUUCUAGAGGCUGUGCUAAAGACUGGAAACCACAUGAACGUUGGUACAAAUCGAGGUGAUGCACAUGCCUUCAAGCUUGACACAUUGCUCAAGCUAGCUGAUGUCAAAGGCAUUGAUGGCAAGACUACACUUCUGCACUUUGUGGUCCAAGAGAUUAUCAGAACAGAAGGCUCCCACCUUGCUGCCACAAAUAACUGGGCUGCAAAUGCACAGGACAAUACUCUUCCAGAUGACCUAGAGUGCAGGAAGCUUGGUCUCCAAGUCAUCACUGGCCUAGAGGGUGAGCUCAGCAAUGUAAAGAAGGCUGCAGCAGUGGAUUCUGAUAUGCUCCACAGCUAUGUCACGAAACUCGCUGGAGGGAUCAAGAAGGUCGAUGAGGUGUUGAGAUCAAAUGAAGAGUUUGGUUCUGAGGAGGGUGGUUGCCGAUUCCGUGAUGCAAUGGAUCAGUUUCGAAAGAAGGCAGAGGAUGACAUCAUAAAAGUGCAGGCUCAAGAGAGCGUUGCAUUGUCGCUGGUCAAGGAAAUAACAGAGUAUUUUCAUGGAAACUCUGUCAAAGAAGAAGCACAUCCUUUCAGGAUUUUCGUGGUAGUCAGAGAUUUUCUAUCCAUCCUUGAUCAGGUCUGCAAGGAGGUGGGAAGGAUAAAUGAACAAGCUGUUGUCAGCUCAUCACGGCAGUUUCCUGUCCCCAUUAACCCAACCUUAUCACCUGCUUUUCUAAGAUUUCAUGCAUUGAGACCCAAAAGGUCCGACGAGGAAAGCUCAAGGUCGUCGUAGGAUGAUGCUUAUGACUGCCAUAUUUGGGUGAAACUUUUACAUGAGUUUAUUAGCUGGAGGUGUAGCAGCUAUGAAAUUAGUAGAGUACUAAUGUCAUAUCUUGCUCUUAUCUAUACACAAAGGAAAUCUAGAUUAGAGAGAGAAUAAGUUUGGCUUCACUAGCUUGCAUUGUGUACAUCUAUGAUCAAAGGUUGCUUCUCUGAUAACAUUCUUUGAAGUUGUAUCAAAUUAUACAUAAGAUGAGAUGAGUUUACAGCUCCAAUUCACUGCAUGUAUUAUGCCAUAUCUUCUAGAUGUUAUGGCAUUUAUUAUGUUUAAAUAGCCAAAGAGUUUGGGAAUAACAGUUAUUAUGAUUCAGUUGUCAACCAAGUGGUUUAGUUUU